AUGUUAAACCGUUGCAUUUCUCGUCAUACCAAGCUGCCAGUAAAUUUAAGAGUCGCCUCUCGCUUUUAUUCAGAUGGCCCUCUUGGUGGUUCCGGCCCCGGUGGCCCUCAAGAUAUCUUCAUCAAGAGAGAACGUGCUAAGGAAGAUUACUAUGCCAGGCAGCAGGAAAGAGAACAACUAGCUCAUGUAAAGGAACAGCUGAAAGAGCACAAGAAAAAACUAGAAAAUUUAGAAAACAAGAUUAACAACCUUUCAAAGUGA